AUGCCUUCAAUGAUGGAAGAAGAUGACGACCGUGACCUUGCGGGGUCACAAGAUGGCAGCUCUGACAACGACAUGGACGAGACUAUGAGAGAUGCCGAUGACAUGGAUGUCGAUGCCGACCCUGAAAGCCCCUCCAACUCCAGCAUGGCCUCCGAAAGCCAAAACGCGCAGAAUCCGCAGGUCGUCCUGACACAACCCUCUCCAUCAACAGCCACUCCCGACGCUUCCUUGCAUUUGCGCCCCGUUCCCCGGCCCGAAGCAGUGACCGCCUCCACUUACGAUAUUGUGCCUACAACAGCAGCACCACACAGCACCUCGAUAAAUGCAGUGGCGGCCACGGCGGAUAUGCGCUGGGUGUUUAGUGGGGGAUCUGAUGGAUACAUUCGGAAGUUUAAUUGGGCCGACUCCAUCAACAGCAAGCUCAUGUUGACUGUGGCCCAGAGGCAUCCCUUUGUCGACAGCGUCGUGAAGGCCGGCGUUUUAAUGACAUACUGGGAGAACAUGGAUGGAAAUGCGCUGUCGCCGGUCUACUCCUUGGCCCCGCAGUCAGAGGGACUCUGGCUCCUUUCCGGCCUGGAGUCCGGCGGUAUUCGAUUACAAUCAGUACGGCACGACGAAGGAAAAGAAAUCGCUCUUCUCCAGCAACAUACUUCCGCUGUCUCCACUCUUUGCCUAACGGCGGAUGAACAAUCCUUGUUGUCUGGAAGCUGGGACAAGAAGGUCUUCGACUGGGACUUGAAUACUGGACAAACCCGACGGACGUUCGGAGCCUCUGUUGGACAAAUAUCCGCUAUCGAAAUUCGACCAGAAUCAGCCUUACCUGUGCCACAGGAAAGUGGAGAAUACCCAAUAAUGAAUGGUACAUUUUCCUCUAAGGACUAUGUGAAGACAUCUGGCUCCAGCACACUGAAUGGCGGAACGAAUGCGCAUGGCUCGGGACCAGAGUUGGGUCAAUCGGCAACAUCUCCUGCCGAUUCUCUCUUCGAAGCUGAUUCAUUAUUCGGAGACGAUAACGCGACUGGCGACCCAGAGGUUCCUUCCGGAGGUGCUUUCGAGGCAGAGGCCGACGAUGAAAUGUCGCAAGCGAUUACAAACGGCAUACGGCAAAGUAGAGAGGAAGAGGAAGCUAAUGCGCAAACGGAACCAGACGCUCAACUAAACGGGACUUUAAACCAUCAAUUCGCCUCUGACUCCGCGACCUUAGCAGGUACUCAGGAAGAAAAGCCACCAUCUUUGCAUGAUGGCAAUCUUCCCAAUGGCACCAUAGAAUCCUUGACUAACGGCCUUCCCCAUGCAGAAGACUUAGAGUCCUCAACUGCGUCAAAAACAAUACCCGAUUUAUCUCCAGAGUCCGGCUCCAACAUCGUUCGCGACACGACGUUCCUAUGCGCAUCCAUCGACGGAACAAUACGUGUCUGGGACCGUAGACAGCCAGAUCCAAUUGCCCGGAUAGUGCCCCGAAACACACCACCGUGGUGUAUGAAUGCUUGCUGGUCACCAGACGGGAAUUACAUCUACGCCGGACGUCGCAACGGGACUGUGGAAGAGUAUAGUUUACACAGAGGCCUGCGAGAAGCUCAGAGGACGUUUAAAUUUCCUCAGGGCAGUGGCGCAGUGUCUGCGCUGAAGGCAAUGCCGAAUGGAAGGCAUCUAAUUUGUGCAUCCCACGACAUCCUCCGUCUCUACGACCUCAAAGACGACCAGUCCACCCGCCCCUCCACGGUACCAUUCCUUAUCAUCCCCGGUCACCGCACCGGCACUAUUUCCCAGCUUUACCUUGACUCUGCGUGUAGAUACUUGAUUUCCACAAGCGGAAACAGAGGCUGGGAGGGUGCGACCACAGAAGUACUACUAGGCUAUGAAAUUGGAAUUCCGCCACUUUGAGCGGCGUAACGCACAGUAGCGACCUGGAUCUGGGGAGGGGCUAGGCGUUUCCGGGUUGGUUUAUAUUUGCUUUUUAUAUACCCCCCUUGCUUCCUACUGCGGCGUUGGUGAUCGUGAUUAUUGGGCAUCACAAAGGGAAAUGGGCGUGGUAAGAGAUUUUGAGUACGCGGAUUUGUGAAAUGCACCAUGCCCACACCGUUGAUAUAUG